ACGUCAUCGGCGAUUUAAAAUUUGAAAUCAGCUGCUGUUGUCUCGGACGUGUGUUCACGGAGGCUGCUGCGUCAUCUGAGGGAGCAAUGGAGGCUUUAGGAGACCGUCUGCAGCUGCUGGUGAAAACCUUCAGGAGGGAGUGUCCCCGGGUUCUGGAGUCCGAGAGGACCACCGUGCACGGGGCCGAUGGCAUGAUGAUGGUGCUGCAGCUGGCCCUGGCGGAAGUGAACAAACAGCACCGCGGCGAGUUCAAAGUGUCUCUGAGUGAUGUCCUGAUGGCCUGGAAACACUUACUGUUCGGCAAACUUCACCUGCCGGCCCCCGACUCUGCACGCUUGGAUAACUAUGAUCUCAUCGUGGAGGCGUACGAGUCUUUCCUGAAACGCUCCAACACGGUGGACCUGGUUGAUGUCCUCCGCAUGUACAAACAGCUGAGACAAGUGAACGCUGACCCAGAGGAGCCCGUGAGCCCGAUCCAGCUGUUUGAGUUCCUAACAGGCACGAUGGAGUUCUCAGGGCUUCCAGACUCCUCGGUCCCGUCCACUCCGUCUAGUAUAAGCCGGCCCUGCAGCUCACAGAUGAAAAUGGCAGUGAGAAGGGUUUUCUGCUCCUAUCUGAAUUUGCUCGUUAAUACCAAGAAUGACAUGGCCGUGGCGCUAACCCUCGACGUCCCCGGUCGCGCACUUGGACGUCAGGCGUUUACCGACGUCAAGCACGCUGCGCAGAGCGCCAACACUUCUCUGUUCUUGGCUGUGACAUCCUUCGUGAGGGCCAUCCAGCUCGGAGGAAAGGGCUACGCUCCAGCUGAGUCUGACCCACUGAGGAAGCAUGUCAAAGGCCUGUCUGACUUUGUCCAGUUUCUAGACAACCUGGAAGAAAUCCUGGGGGAGGUUCCUGACCCAAGCAUAUGCGGAGCCAAGCUAGUGGCGGCCAUCAGGGCGGCGCUGGUGAAGGGACGCAGCAGCGGAGACGCGUUGUACGCUGCAGCCGAGGAGACGACAAAGGAGCUGAAGGAGAGGAUCUGCCAGAUACACGAGAUCCAGAAACGGGCUGCCAGUGGAAGCGGGACGGGGAUAAGCCCUGCCAGGCCGAGAGCGUACGCAGUGAAUCACGCCACUGCCUUCGGAGGUCGGGACACCGUGAAGGUGCUGAUGGCGCUGCUGGACGAGGAAGCCCUGACGCCGCCGUGUGCCAACAAGGCCGACCUGUUGUCUGAGGAGCAGCCCGACCUCGGUGGAGCUGAGGGAACAUGCGUCCUCACGUUGUUCAGAUCUCCUGAAGUGUCCACGGGAUGUUCUCCACAGCCCCUGAAGAACCGAGUCCAGAGCCGGCUGGACCUGCUCAAACCCAAGGCUAAAGACAAAGCCAUGCGAUCCCAGUUUGCGUGCACAUACAAGGAAGAGGAACUGCCACUCAACCGUGUGCUGGAGUUCCCCAGCAGCAGCCAGGUUCCAACCUGCGUGCACCCUGCGCCAAAGGUCAGGACCACUCCAGCUGUGGAUGAGGAGAGCUGCUCUGGUGCGGAGGGAAGAAGCACAGCCAAGCCUCCCUCUGAAUGUCCAAAUAAGGAGCAGAGUGGCAUCCAGCAGGGGGCUGCGCUCAAGCCAAGAAGUGGAAAUGCCCCGACCAGAGGUGCAGGCCCGGGUGACGGACAGAAGAUCGGCGAUAACACGCAGAGCAAGGGCAACAAGAGGAAGCAGGUGGAUUCUGACCAACACGGAGGAUCAGAGAACCGGCCGCCGGAGAAGAAACGAACCACGAGUGUCUCGGUCAAAGUGCCUGGCAAGAAAGUCGGCAAGGCCGCGGGUAAGAAGAAGCUGAUAUCGGGACAGGGGAAGUUAACCAGCUUCUUCAGAGUCUAAGCAUCAUGCACACACACUUCAUUCUGUCAAAUGGAGUUGAUUCCCUAUUUUAUUCUGACUGAUUAUGAUUGUUUCCUUUUUCUUAUCUCUUCUAAACUCUUGAUAAUGACAGUGGGAAAAGUUUGGUCACCAAAAUGUCAAACUGUUCUUAAACAGAACAACGUUUUCACAUUUGAGAAGCAGGAAGUGGUGACUUUCUGUUUUGAUAAAUUACUUUAUAACUUAAUAUAUCAUGAAGAUUAGUUGUUUACUUUUUUUAAACGGACUUAUGAAGCAUUUCUGGACAAGUUUAAGUUGCACUGUUUUUACCCGUAUUGAAAUGUAAGUGGUUUCAACUUGAAUACAUUAUGUUUUGGUCAGUAAACCUCGAUUCAGCAGAUCAGUGAUUCUACAGUUAUUUGAUCUGUAAUAUCCCAAUGAAAUCAACACUGUAAAUAUGCUUGUGAAUUUUAAUAAAGUUUUAUUUUGUUGUA